CAAAUCUCGCGAGAUCGGACGAGGGGAUAAGUUAAGGAAACAUGGCGAUGUCUAAUUUGUUAAAGAACAAGGGUUCCCUCCAGUUUGAGGACAAGUGGGAUCUUAUGCGCCCCAUUGUCCUUAAGUUGCUUCGCCAAGAGUCUGUAACUAAGCAGCAGUGGUUCGAUCUUUUCUCAGAUGUUCAUGCGGUUUGUCUAUGGGAUGACAAAGGACCAGCAAAGAUCCACCAGGCCCUCAAGGAGGACAUCUUAGAUUUUAUUAAGCAAGCUCAAGCGAGAGUGCUCAGUCACCAAGAUGACACGGCGCUCCUCAAGGCUUACAUCGUGGAGUGGAGGAAGUUCUUCACGCAGUGUGACAUUCUGCCCAAGCCAUUCUGCCAGCUGGAAAUCACCCUGAUGGGCAAACAGGGCACCAACAAGAAGUCCAAUGUGGAAGACAGCAUUGUUAGGAAGCUGAUGCUGGACACUUGGAACGAAUCUAUAUUUUCCAACAUCAAGAAUAGAUUGCAGGAUAGUGCAAUGAAGCUGGUCCACGCCGAGCGGCUGGGAGAGGCGUUUGACUCACAGUUGGUCAUCGGGGUCAGAGAGUCAUAUGUGAACCUGUGCUCCAAUCCUGAUGAUAAACUGCAGAUCUACAGGGAUAACUUUGAGAAAGCCUACCUAGACUCCACUGAGAGGUUCUACAGGACUCAGGCACCAUCCUACCUGCAGCAGAAUGGAGUACAAAACUACAUGAAAUAUGCAGACGCUAAGUUAAGGGAAGAAGAGAAACGUGCACUACGAUAUUUAGAGACACGACGUGAAUGUAACUCUGUACAAGCACUUAUGGAAUGUUGUGUGAAUGCACUUGUAACGUCAUUUAAAGAAACUAUCUUGGCUGAAUGUCCAGGCAUGAUCAAACGGAAUGAGACUGACAAGCUGCACCUCAUGUUCUCUCUCAUGGAUAAAGUUCCCAAUGGGAUUGAGCCCAUGCUGAAAGACCUUGAGGAGCACAUCAUCAGCGCUGGACUGGCAGACAUGGUGGCCGCUGCCGAGACCAUCACAACAGACUCUGAGAAGUACGUGGAGCAGCUCCUGACUCUGUUCAAUCGCUUUAGUAAAUUAGUGAAGGAAGCGUUCCAGGAUGAUCCUCGGUUCCUGACAGCCAGAGACAAAGCAUACAAAGCAGUUGUGAAUGAUGCCACAAUAUUUAAGUUGGAGCUGCCAUUGAAACAGAAGGGAGUGGGCCUCAAAACACAACCAGAGUCAAAGUGUCCGGAGCUGCUCGCCAACUAUUGUGACAUGCUGCUAAGAAAGACGCCUCUCAGCAAAAAGCUGACCUCAGAGGAGAUCGAGCUCAAACUGAAGGAAGUGCUGCUUGUGCUAAAAUACGUCCAGAAUAAGGAUGUGUUCAUGAGGUACCACAAAGCCCACCUGACCAGGCGUCUGAUCCUGGACAUCUCAGCGGACAGUGAGAUUGAGGAGAACAUGGUCGAGUGGCUCAGGGAAGUUGGGAUGCCUGCUGACUAUGUGAACAAGCUAGCUAGAAUGUUUCAAGACAUCAAAGUGUCUGAAGAUCUUAACCAGGUUUUCAAGGAGGUGCACAAACACAACAAGCUGGCUUUACCAGCGGACUCUGUGAAUAUAAAGAUCUUGAAUGCUGGAGCGUGGUCACGCAGCUCAGAGAAAGUGUUUGUGUCUCUGCCCACCGAGCUGGAAGAUCUCAUCCCUGAGGUGGAGGACUUCUACAAGAAGAACCACAGUGGCCGCAAACUCCACUGGCACCACCUCAUGUCCAAUGGCAUUAUCACUUUUAAGAAUGAAGUUGGGCAGUACGACCUGGAGGUCACAACCUUCCAACUGGCUGUACUUUUUGCCUGGAACCAAAGACCACGAGAGAAGAUCAGCUUUGAGAAUCUGAAACUUGCCACUGAGCUGCCUGAUGCUGAACUGAGACGAACUCUCUGGUCUCUUGUUGCCUUCCCGAAGCUCAAACGUCAAGUUCUGUCAUAUGAACCUCAAGUGAGCUCUCCCAAAGACUUCACGGACAGUACAUUGUUUUUCGUUAACCAGGAAUUCUCUUUGAUAAAAAAUUCCAAGGUUCAAAAGAGGGGGAAGAUAAACUUAAUCGGCCGGUUGCAGCUGACGACGGAGCGAAUGAGAGAAGAGGAGAAUGAAGGCAUCGUCCAGCUUAGAAUAUUAAGAACACAGGAGGCCAUUAUUCAGAUCAUGAAGAUGCGUAAGAAGAUCACAAACGCUCAGCUGCAGACCGAGCUGGUGGAGAUCCUCAAGAACAUGUUCCUCCCUCAGAAGAAAAUGAUCAAGGAACAGAUUGAGUGGCUCAUUGAGCACAAGUACAUCAAGAGAGACGAGACGGACAUUAACACCUUCAUCUACAUGGCGUAGCGCGGAAACGACUCCAGAGUUUACCUGUAACCGUUCCCAAGGACGACGUACCUGUCGAGGAUCAGCAGCGGGGGGGAGGGAUGGUGUGAUGUCUCGAAGAUACUGCUUAGGCUGCUGGUCUGAUGGCGUAGUCAUGAGCUUGUUUUAACGACAGGCAGUCACACAUCAGAUAAAAAUGUAUUUAAAAAAAAUAAAUCCCUGCCUUACCUUACAGUGAAGACACAUGGGGAUCAGAAUAGGAGAUAAAAAAAUAGGAAAAAAGACAAAAGGAUUCUAUUUUUGCCAUUGGUAGUCAGUAUGCAUGGUGGGCGUUUGGCCUUUUGUAUGUGUACAUCUCCAGCAGCAUGCGGUCAGUGGGAAUGUCACAUUCAUCCGAGGACUUGCUUGUGUGUGCCGUGUUACGAGCGUUUUUCUCCCUCCCACAUCCUCCGCCUGGACCCCGCCGCCUCCCAUCCUCACCGCACAGUCCAGGACAAGAGCCGUCCCAUCGUCGCCACUGCAAACACCUGGCCGUGUGUGCGCCCACACCGGAGUCACUGAGGAGCGCGGGCCGGGAUGGAGGACUAGCAUUAGCACUUUUCACACUCUACACCACAAUAUGUCAGCAUGGCUAUAUUUGGGUUGUUUUUCACGUCUUUGGGUUUCGUUUUCCCUUUUUUUCUUCGUCAAAAGUUUGCAGACGUUGAACCUUCUUUAAGCUAUGAAAGAUUUGAUUGGCUAAUUGCAGUUUAGACUUCAAGUUUCUCUUCAAAAUGCCAGGAAAAGCUGGUGUUCAGAGGUCACAAAGGGUCAUGGUCUGCGGAGAAAAUACGGUGGUUUGAUUUUUUUUUUUUUUUUUUUUUUUUUUUUUUUGUUGCUUUUUGUAUGUUUUGGUGUAAAUGCAUUAUCAGUGUGCACCGAGUCAGAAGGUCAGUGUGAUGUAAUUGCAGUUAUUUUUUUUAUUUUUUUUGGUUUACAACAGAAUUUUCCGUUAUCGGUCUCGAAUAGCGACUGAAAUGCCGACUGAAUUGUUCCUGGAGCCUGUGAUGAGGUGGCCUCACUAAGGUCCCAUAACAUCAGAGUCACAGCUCCAAUUUAGUCUCAUUGCCCCAUCACAGCUGAGCACACACAAGCAGUAAAGCACAGUUACAUGAGUCCGAGUAAAGCAAGCGCCGCUCCAACCUCAGGUAAAGUUAUUUUAGUAGGUUGUGCUAACUUUCAUUAGCGCCGUGCGGUUCUUGCUAAACACACGUUUGCCAAAGCAAAGCACAAGAGUGCUGAUCUCAAAAUCAUUGUUGUGAUUGUUUACCCUCUAUUUCCGAGGUUCCCC